CCGUUGGCCGCGCAGGCGCCGUGGCCGGCGGGUGUUUACGGCGGCGGAGGUCGGCGGCCGCAGACGGGCUGCGGACGGGCGAGCGGCGCCCGAGGAGCCGUAGGUCGCGGGCCGGCCGGGCCCGGAGCACAGUAUCCCACAAACUGGCCGUGGACCCACACUUCACCGGGGCUCUGAGGCAGCGCGGGGUGGAGGAAACGCUGGCCCCAGCGCUGUGUACAGUCUCCUCUUCAGCUCUGAACCCCAGUGAAGGCGAGCCGUCCCGCGGUGGCAUGGAAGCGUGUGUACCGAGCCCAGGCUCUCACACGUUCGUGUUCUUGUCAGAAGAUGGCGAUUCGUCCAUGUGCUGGUGUGUUUUCUUCCCUGGGUGACCCUCUCCCAUCACCGCUGCCUUUGUGUGAGUGGAAGCGGGUGUGGAAUCUCCCCGCCCAGUCCUCAGGAUUCUCUUUCUGUUGAAAGCCAGAGGAUUGUGAGGGCAAAGCAAGGAGACAUUUUGUAAUAACAAAAUUAUAAUAUGUUGUUAUAGGAGUUGGCCUGAUUCGGAAAAAGUUACAUGGACAAAGUAUAAAAUUUGAGAAGAUAUCUUUUUUAGCUUUUGGAAGAGUAAGACCGCUACGAGCCUUUUCCCUAGUGAUUGGAUGAAGGCACGUUCGGCUAUUAGUUGAGCCAGAGGGGAGCACAGGGUGUUACUGGUAUUCUUGUUGUUAGUCCUCACCCAAGGAUGUUUUCCCCUUGAUUUUUAGAGAGAGGAGAAGAGAGGGAGGGAGAGAGAAACCUCAGUGUGAGAGAGACACAUCCAUUGGUUGCCUUCCACACAUCCCAGCCAGGGCGAGUGAUCAAGCCUGCAACGGAAGUGUUGCCCGAGUGUGAUCUCAAAGAUGGGAGGUGCGGUGAGUGCUGGUGAGGACAAUGAUGAGCUGAUAGACAAUUUGAAGGAAGCACAGUACAUCCGGACCGAACUGGUGGAGCAGGCUUUCAGAGCGAUUGACCGCGCAGAUUAUUAUCUUGAAGAGUUUAAAGAAAAUGCUUAUAAAGACUUGGCAUGGAAGCAUGGAAACAUCCACCUGUCAGCUCCGUGCAUCUACUCAGAGGUGAUGGAAGCCCUGGACCUGCAGCCGGGGCUCUCGUUCCUGAACCUGGGCAGUGGCACCGGCUACCUCAGCUCCAUGGUGGGGCUCAUUUUAGGUCCUUUUGGGGUAAACCAUGGUGUGGAGCUUCAUCCAGACGUGAUUGAGUACGCAAAGCAGAAACUAGACUUCUUCAUCAGGACCAGCGACAGCUUUGACAAGUUUGACUUCUGUGAACCUUCCUUUGUUCCUGGCAAUUGCCUGGAGCUUUCUCCCGACUGCUCUCAGUAUGACCGGGUGUACUGCGGGGCAGGCGUGCAGAAGGAGCACGAGGACUACAUGAAGAGUCUUCUCAAGGUGGGGGGCAUCCUGGUCAUGCCGCUGGAAGAGAAGCUGACUAAGAUAACUCGCACAGGACCUUCUGCGUGGGAAACCAAAAAGAUCCUGGCUGUUUCCUUUGCUCCUCUGGUCCAGCCGCGCCGCUCAGAGUCGGGGAAAUCAAGACUCGUCCAGUUACCCCCCCUGGCGGUCCGGAGCCUCCAGGACUUGGCUCGCAUUGCCAUCCGGGGUGCCAUUAAGAAGGUCAUUCACCAGGAAGCAGUGAGCAGAAAUGGGGACGGACUGAAGGCCACUCCCAGGUUCAAGCGAAGGAGAGUGCGUCGACGUCGAAUGGAAACCAUUGUCUUCUUAGACAAAGAGGUCUUUGCCAGUCGGAUUUCCAACCCGUCUGAGGACAACGGCUGUGAAGGUGUAGGAGAGGAGCAGCGGGAAGAAGAGGAGCAGAGCCCGGCCGAGGUGAAGCCAGAGCCCCCUGUGAACUCCCUGCGGGAGAAGGUCCUGAGCCUGCCCCUGCCGGACCCCCUGAAGUGCUACCUGCUCUACCACAGGGACAAGUAGCGCGCGGGCCGAGGCUGUGGCCGGCGGAGUGUGCCCUGUCUGCACGGCUCUUCCAGUUGGAUCUUGAUUAUCUUGUAGAAUUUUCAUUAAAUGGUAGAUUUCUUUAAAUAUAAUCUGACAAACGUAAGUGCAUGGGAGAAUGUUUUCUUGAAAGGGACAGAGUCUCCCGGAGAAAGGGCUCCCCCCAGCUGGUGGGAGGCACAGGGAGGCAUGUCUGCACAAGCGGUGAGACCGAAGGGGCCCGUGCUGUGCUGUGUGUGGAGCGGGAAGGCACACCUUUGGAAGUGUGGGGGACUUCUGAGUGUGACACACCUCUGUCCACAUUUGAAUUUGACGUUAUCAACCUCUUAAUUCGUGGUCCUGACUUUCACUAAACCUAGCUCUCCAUUCUUGACAAACCCUCCCUUAUUGUAAGUAAUUGAAGGAACUCUUAUGGGAGUUGUCAGUUGGUGGGUUUUUUAAAAUUGUGCUAGAGGAGGAGGAAUAAAAGCAUCAAACUUCCAGAUAUCUUUUAGGAGUUCCAAAAGAAUUCCAAGGAAUUUUUUCCUGACACCUUUCCUUACCUUUAGAAUAAUGUCACCCUGGCCAGGUAGUUCAGUUGGUUGGAGCAUCGUCUAGAAGAUACACCAAGGUUUCGGGUUCAAUCCCUUGUCAGGGCACAUAUAAGAAUCAGCCACUGGAUGCUUAAAAAAGUGGAGCAACAAUAAAUCAGUGUUUCUCUUUCCCUUCCCCUCUACGAUUAAUCAGUCAAUCAAUCAAAAAAUAAAAGAUCCAUUGUCUAGUAAUCCCUGAGAGAAUAUCCUGAAGAAUGAAGCGCAUGUCGUAUAUAGGUAAUAAACAACAUAACUUUUACCCGGACAAAGGGGAUCUUGGUGAUUCUUGCUAGAGGUGGCCUCUGGGGACCGAGGCCCUUGGGCUGCGGGAGGGGCAGAGAUGGACUGGCAGACUGGCCGCCUGCCUGCGCUUUUCGCUUUUCUGAGCUUCCGCUGGUAUUUCUCUGUAAUCACAUUCGAGUACUGACUCAGAUUUUAUCUUUUGUAAUUCUGGAGAAAAAAGAUUUGUUAGUUUUGUAAUUUUUCUUAAGAACAAAUAUAUGUAUUUUGCUAGCUCCAUUACACUAGAGCAGUUACACUCUCGGGGAACCGACCUCGGGGCCUUGUGUGGCGGGAGCUUUUGUCUAAUCAGGUUCUGGGUCCGGAAGGAAGGGUCCUGUGGGUCUGGUGGCAGAAUGUUUUGAAGUUACAGCGCUUAUUCCAAAACACUGGUUCUUUCCCAUUUUUUUUUUUUUUUACCCAAAUAAAAGAAUAGUAUUAAAUGUUAACAGUAAACCCAGUAAACAGAGUGCUGAUGUUGGUCAGUCACCCAGAAUUGAGGGUUAAUUUUAUUGCUUCACAUCUUGGGUAUUGCUGAGGUUUAGUGUCUCUGGUUUCAACCAGUUAAUUGAGUCCUGGUUAUUUUUUCACCUUUUUGCUGUUUUUAGUAGCUGAAUCCUUUCUGUCACAGGGUGCUGUGAGCAUGCCUGGCUGGGAAACUGCUGUGUCCUGGGCUUGUGCAUUGAAGCUGUUGGGAAGAAGCACUUCAUGGCUUGGUGUCCUGCCUGGGACUCGGCCACUCUGAGAGCAGGGCAGAGCGCUCCUGCUGACACUGCAGUGCGACAGGGUCUCGAUCCACAGAGGCCUCCAAGUCGUGGACAUUUUUGGACAUGAUCUUAAAUGUGAUAGCUGUGAAAUCUGUUCUACUAUGCGUUCCCCUGUGAUUGUAUAUGGAUUUCAUUUCUUUUAAACCACGUUGCCUUAUAAAAGGCAAUACAGAGGCGUGUGCCUCAGUUGUGGCUUCUCCAGCCCUGGUCGUGGUAUGUGUGGGAGGCAGCCAAUCAGCGUCCCUUGUGUUAAUGUUUCUUCCUCUGCCCCUCCUCCCUCCCUUUUACUCUCUAAAAUCAAUGGAAAAAACAUCAAAAGGGGAGGAUUAAAAAAAAAAGGCCAUGCAUAACACAUGUUUUUCUUAUGUAUGUGUUAAACCUUGCCUAACAGUUUUAUUUUACAUGUUGUCAGUUGUGAUUUUUAAACCAGAAUUUGGUUAAAAAAUAUGAUGCUGUAAUAUAUAUGAACUAGCUUGGUGUUUAUCUUGUAAACAUGACGGAGAGUUGCGAGUGGGCCUCCCGUGGGCCCCGUUGCUGGUGCAGUGAGAGUAGCCGGCGACCACGCGGGCUGUGCUGCCUGCAAGCCCGUGCGGAAACCACCCUCUAGACAAGGUGGGCUUCCGCGGAGUCGUCUGUACUUUUAUAUGUGACUUUUGUCUUAGAAGUAGGCGAGCCAUAGAGAUGUACAAAACAAAGAUCAAGUUUAUAACAUUAAACGUGUAAUGUAAAAAUCAACUGUGUGUAUGAAAGUGCUUUAGCCAGUCUGGAGCUUUCAGGGGAUUAAUUUAAGAAAUUUGAAACUGAUUUAAAAGCUGAUAUACCUGAAUAAAUACAAGAUAUCAAUAAAGGCAGUUAAGACAUUUUA